CAGGCGCGGCGCGCAGACGUCCUGGUGACGUCACGGCGGAGUCGCCAUGGCGGUAGUGAGCAACCUGGCUUCGGCGCUGGAGUCAUACAGGGGUCGGGACCGCCUGAUCCGAAUGCUGGGGUACUGCUGCCAGCUGGUUGGUGGGGUCCUGCUCCAACAAGGUCCUGCCAGGUCGGAGGUGGGGACGCGCCUGCUGGUGGUGUCGGCCCAGCUGAGCCACUGCAGGACUGUCCUUCGACUCUUUGAUGACCUGGCCAUGUUUCUGUACACAAAGCAGUAUGGCCUGGGGACAGAGGAGGAGGACGCCUUGGUGCGCUGCCUGUCGGUGCUGGGCAACAUGGCCGACCAGCUCUACUACCCCUGUGAGCACAUCGCCUGGGCCGCCGACGCCCAGGUCCUGCACGUGGACUCUACCCGGUGGUGGACGCUGAGCACAGCUCUCUGGGGCCUCUCCUUGCUCCUGGGGGCGGCCAGGUCCCUGUGGAUGGUGCUGAAGCUGAGGCAGAGGCUACAAGGCCCCACAGCUGCCUUCACCAGCCGGCUGCCCCGGAGCAAGCGGAGGGCCAUGGAGGCGCAGAUUCGGUCGGAGGUGCUGACGCUGCUCAGCAACCUGGCUGACCUGGCCAACGCUGUGCACUGGCUGCCCCCGGGCAUGCUGUGGGCCGGCUGCUUCCCCCCGUGGCUGGUGGGCCUCAUGGGCACCAUCUCCUCCCUGCUCAGCCUCUACCAGGUGGCCCAGGUCGGUGGCCAGGCCAAGGCUGACAGCUCCUGACGCAGUCUGCGGAGCAGGAGGCCACAGCCGGGCCCCGACCGAGGGUCCUUCCCACUGGGCUGGAGUCACCGGGCCAGGGGCUGCAUCUUUACCUGAGCAGCCCUGUGCCAGCCGGAGAUGAGACGGGUGGGAAGAGGGGCUGGUGGGAGUGCGCCAGGGGUGAGGAGUGUACCCCUCGGGCCUUCUGGGGAGUGCCCUGGGGCUGCGGAGCCAGAGCCCAGGCGGACCUUGCAAGGAACGUCCCCGUCCCUGCAUCUGUAUCCUCUGGCUGGCAGGGGAACAUGGGACACACGUCUGCCUCCCGCUGGGCCUGGAGAGAGCUAAGGGAAUCAAUUAAAUAUCCUGGUGCUGG